AUGGAGGAGGAGAUCCUCAAACCUGAGGGCGAAGAGGGAGAUUUACUUCUCCCCUCCGAGGUUGAGGAGUCACUCCUCUCUGAUGAGGCGCAUCUCCGCUCUGCGGAUGCAGUGAGUGGAGGCCAGGGGGAGGCGAUGGAGAUGGGGGGCGAUGGAGAAGGACCAUUGCCACCACCCCAAAUCGCCACCAGUGCCAACAACCGUAGGGUGAAGAGGAGGGCGAGGAGGCGGCGCGCGAAGGAGCUGCGGGCUUGGGGUGUGCCUUCUGCCCCCAAAUCCAACGAUGACGUCACUGCCACCGCCACAACCACCACCAACAUCACGGCUCCAACCACUACUACAACAACUGCCACCAGCGCCGCUGCGACUGGAAGCAAGGUUUUCCCCUCUACCCCACUCGGAGGGGGGGGACAGAACGCUGGGUCUUCUUCCUCCACUACCACCAACAACAAGAGAGGCAGGGAGACCCCAACCUCCAACAAUCCGAGGGAGAAGAAGAGGCCCUCUACCUACCGGGAGGUCGUGAUUGAGGGUAGUGAAGUGGUCAUCACUUAUAAAGAUGACCCUCACCGCCCUCUUUCUAAAAAAGACCAAGAGGCCAUCCAGGUAGGACUUCGCUCUGCCAUCGAUGCGGCAGCAGCGACAACCCUGCUCAAGUUUGGUGGACUUGUGAUCCGGGGUGGGGGCAUGGUUCUCACAUGCCGUGACCCCACCACCAAACUUUGGGCUGAAGCGGAGGUGGACAAGCUUGAAGGGGGGAAAUUCGCCACCAGUGACCCCAAACCACCGGAAGCGGAAGCAAAAGUGAGUUUUUGGGUCAGGGAGGCGACACCACCUUUGGCCAAGGUGGAUCUGCACCCCAUUAAUAGGGGACACAGAGCCACCUUUGUUGUAUCGAAUAAGAAAGAAGUGUUAGAUGUUACAUUUGUAUCCUCCCAUUUGCUGGACCGGAUAAAGGCCUGGUGGGUCGACGACAACGAAAGUUGCUCUGACCACAGGGACAGGAAGAGAACAAGGUGGGACCUAUACAAAUCAGUAUUAAAAGGACUAACGGAACUUGACCCUGCUAGGGCGUGCCCAAUGUCAUCUACGGAGGAGAUUGAGGCAAGCGCUAGUAGGGUCAGUAACUUUAUCCAUAAAUCAUACGAUGUGGCCUGCCCUGAAAAAGUACCCAAAUCCAGGAGGAAGAGGGUACCUUGGUGGAGCCGUGAGCUGACUUCUCUUCGGAAGGAGGCUCGCAGGCUUUAUCGGGUUGCCCGCUUCGGAGGAGAGGAGGCAUGGGCAGAAUACAAAGCUGCUCGUAACUACUACUCCUACGAAAUGAGGAGGAGGAAAACUGCCUCGUGGAGAAGGUUUUGUGAGAGUGUCGAGGAGGCACCUGUUGCUGCCCGACUCUCGCGCAUCCUUCGCAACGAUGGCACAAUCAAACUGGGAUCACUGGACAAGGGUGAUGGUGUUUACACCAGGACCCUUUCUGAGACCUAUGAAUUAUUAUUGGACCAGUCGUUCCCGAGGGACCCUCAACGGGUUCCAUGGGAACCUGAUCAUAGUAAAGUAGAUGAUGAAUCUAUAAAUCUGAUGAUUACAUCUUCAAAAAUCAGUAACAUAAUUAACUCGUUUGGCCCACUAAAAGCGGCUGGAAAGGAUGGUAUCUUUCCAGCCCUUUUACAGCAUGGGUUAGCCGAGUCAAUUCCGUAUUUGGUUCCUCUCAUGAGGGGGUGCCUGACCUUUGGUUAUACACCUCUGAAGUGGAGAGAGUCCAGAGUGGUAUUCUUACCAAAGCCAGGAAAGGAGAGUUACGAACGGGCGUCCGCUUGGAGGCCCAUCUGCUUAACAUCCUUCCUGCUCAAAACACUUGAGAAACUGGUAGAUGGCUGGGUCCGCACGCCUGAUCUUGUUGAUAGGCUGCAGAGACACAGUCAGUAUGCCUAUAUGAAGGGCGUUUCCACGGAGGCUGCCCUUCAUCAGAUCGUUAGCCUUGUUGAGGGGGCCCUUGACUCUAGCGAGUACUGUAUUGCAGUGAUGUUGGACGUUAAGGGCGCUUUUAAUGAGGUUAGAUCUGAUACCAUUAUCCGUAGCCUUAGGAGGUUUGGCGUCAACGAAGUAUGUGUUCGAUAUAUUGAGCAUAUGCUUCGGACACGAACCACUUGGGUAACUGAUUCUACUUACGAGAUUGGGAGGGUGGUGGAGAGAGGGUGCCCUCAAGGGGGUGUCCUCUCACCGCUUCUCUGGGAUCUGGUCGUAAGUGAAAUUCUGGAAAAACUACAUCAUCGGUUCCCUCAACUGUACUCACAGGGCUUUGCCGACGAUCUCACAACAGUGGGACGGGGCAUUGACCUCGGUACAGUGGGGAGUCAUGUGCAGAGAGCAGUAAAUCUUGUUAGUGAUUGGUGCAAAGAGGUGAGCUUGUCAGUCAAUGAUAAGCUUGCCCUGGUACUAUUCACUAAGAAAUACAAAUUCAUUGCUCCUGUGAUCAAGUUGGAUGGUAUUCCCAUCCCUUAUCAAAAACAGGUAAGAUAUCUUGGGGUCUUAUUGGAUCACAAGUUGAACUGGGGCCCACUGUGCAGGGCUAGGGCACUAAAAGGUAUGCGUGCCCUAUCCCAGUGCAGGAGGGCCAUUGGUAAAACUUGGGGUCUUUCCCCCAAAAUUACAAAUUGGAUCUACAAAUCCAUAAUUCGCCCGGCCAUGGAAUAUGGGUCACUCUUGUGGGCUCCGGCCACAAAGGUGAAGUCCCACAUGGCCCAGUUGCAAAGAGUACAGAGGUGUGCCAUGCUUGGUACAACCGGUGUAAUGUCUAGCACUCCUACUGCAGCCCUGGAGUGUCUACUGGGACUUGUCCCAGUGGACAUCCGGGUUCAGCAAGUUGCACUACGAACGUACCAUCGCCUCGCUCACCACGGCCAAUGGAAAAAAUGGGCCGGCGGUGAUCGUACGAGGGCGUUAAAGCAUAACAAGUUUGUCGAAAUCAUGGCGUCUGGUAUUGAUGAAUUCCAGAUGCCGUGUGAGAAACUUGUUAAUCCGCCAGCAGAGAGGAACUUCGAAACCUCUAUCUGCUCGGUGAAAGAUUGGGAGGAUGGUAGCGUGCCCAUGAAUGCCUCCGACGUGAACUGUUUUACUGACGGUUCACGGAUGGGUGAGUGUUCGGGUGCGGCUUACUACUUCACAUACAACAAUCUUGCUCAGGAAGCUGUGAGGUGCUCAAUUCCUCUGGGAUGGGCACCCACAGUUUUCCAAGCAGAAAUUAUGGGUAUUAUCAGGGCUUCUGAAACGUUGACCGACAAUACUCAUAACUAUAGCACCGUUGACUUCUUCAUUGACAGUCAGGGUGCCAUCAAAGCGCUCACUAGCCCAUGGCCAGUUUCAUCACUGACUUCUGAGGCUAUUGAGAUGCUUAAUCAUAUUGGGGAGACUAAGAAGGUAACACUUCAUUGGAUCCCUUCUCACCAUGGAUUUGAAGGAAAUGAAGUGGCUGACCUGUUGGCCAAGGAAGGUACUCUUACUGGGUACCUUGGCCCGCAGCCCUCUAUUCCUCUAUCCAGAAGCACUGUAAUCUCCAGCAUUGUAAACUGGGCAAGAUUGCAGCAUAUCAAAUCUUGGGAAAGCAGCAACUGUUUAACUUCUAAAGCUUUUCUCUCUGCCCCUUCAUCGGGGCUUAGCAGUAAGCUUUAA